GUAUUGUAUUAUGUAAGUUUUAUAUGUUUAAACCUUUUUGUCUUGAUCAUUCAUAUUAUAAAUAGGCAUGGAUGAAGAUUAUGUGUACUCACAGUGUUUCUUUAAUGGAACCCGAGAUUUCUCUUUUGAAAUAUCUUCACACGACUACUUGAUGCAGCGAGCAUGUAUUAGCUACAACAAGGAGGGAAAAUGUGUGAGUUGGGGUAAUGAAUCCUAUGAUUCUUUAAACAAUACAAACCAGACACACGUGUCCAAUUUCUAUGCUGAACUAGAGCUUAUACAAGACAAAAAAAUACACGAUGACAAGGACAGAUUUUUUAUAGAUAGUGUGUCCGAAUAUCUGAUGUUAUUGCUAAAUGAUCGUAAAGAAGCAUUAGAAAAACAGAUAGGCAACCCUAGAAUAUCCUUUCAUUAUGUUUUUAUUGUUCCUACGAAAUGGGAUUUUUCAAUCAGGGAAAACGUGCUUCGCCCUAUUUUUACACAAGCAAAGUUAAUUUCAAAGCAAGAUCAUGAAAAUAAGCUUCUGUUUUUUACCCAAUUAGAAUCCGUAUUUCAGCUCAUACAAUCUAAGGAAUACAGAAAGAAGCAUAGUACCAUUGAAAAAUUUAAGCAAGGAAGCCAACAUAUUAUCUGUAGAAUAUCAAUCGGUCAGGAUACUUUGUCAGCAACAGUAGAUGUUACCCAAGCAGAAUACUCUACAGUAGAGAUAGCUGAUGCAACUCUCGUACCGAGAUUGUUACAUUCGGUGGAUAUCUCGAUGUGUAACGAUGGUACAAAAAACGCCAUGAAAAACUACCUGCAGCAUAAAAUAUCCCCAAAGGAAAAUGUCACUCCUGAGCUGGAAGACGCAUUGGUUUUGAUGGCAGGAAGCGCAUUAGAUUACGGCGUAGGAUUGGAGAUAAAAGAAGGACGAGAAGAGCUGAAUUUACACCUUUCGAAUCACCUGAGAAAAGAACAUGGGCUAACCGAGUCGCAAAUUAGGACUAUAAAUACAAUAAGCGUUAAAGAUGUCUGCAGUUCGAUCAGCAGAAAAAUUCUGGCUGAUUUUAGGUCCAUGCUAUUGAACAAUUCCAGAAAACAGCGCACACUAUUUUUACUUCUCGAUAGCAGUACUUAUUUCCAGCAUAAAUUUGAUGACUACUACUCACCUUUGCUGCCAUGGUUGAUAUAUAUGCUCAAGGAUAAUGCUGAAUUUCUGAACUAUAAAAUAAUGACAAGUCAAUCACAAUCAUAUAGCAGCAUCGGAUCGUCGGAUGUAUUUAAAGGGGCAACUUUAAAAAUGAUGGAAAUGGCAAGAUAUUCUGAUAUGCAUGUUUUGCCGUUAGUGAUACCGGGAAGAAUGCUAGACUCGUCAGCAGUUUUUAUAUGCUCAAAACCUAAUGUGAUUAUCAAUAUAGGCAGGUGAGCAUCCUCCAAAAUGCUUUCUUAACACUCAUGACAUAUCAAUAGAUAUUUCACUGAAAGAUACCGCAUGCUCCUCUGGAAUACUGAAUAGCAGUGGGGUUG